AUGAUUCCAAGAUCAUCAACUAGCAGAUGGUUUUCGAAUAAUGCGAGAAAAUCGCAGAAAAAAGUAAUUUUUUGUGCUGUUUGGCAAUUUUUCCCCAAAAAAGGGUUUCAGGUGGAUUGUGCCGUUUACGGGUGCGGAUUGUCGGCCUCCGGCGCGUUGGCCAUUCCCAAAUUGGUGCAAAGUGCCUCUGGACGUGCGUGAUAAUCGAGUUUAGGCCCAAUUAGCCCCAAAUUUGCAGCCGACGGCGAAAUGGGCUCAAAAGAGACGGAGCGGCCGAAGCGCAUUCCGUUCUUCAACACUUUCGGCGUUCGCCACGUGGCUUCCGGCUUCGGCUUUUCGCUUUUCGCGUCCGACACGAAAUUGUGGGGCGCCGGCAUCAAUAAUCGGUAUUUUGCUCGACAAAUUUCCACAAAAACCGUGUCCAGGUUGCAGAUUGGCGGCCAUUUAAGCAGUCCGUCGCAGCCAGUCCAGGAUUAUUACAUUUCGGCGAAGAAGAUCAAUAUUCCGUGCGGGCGCAUCGUGGGAAUCAGCUCGGGAAGGGCUCACUCACUGAUUCUCACCGACGUGGGCGUCUUCUGCAUCGGCGACAAUAACUUCGGGCAGUGCGGAAGAGAUCCGCAAGAGUUUCCGCGAGUCGUCGGCGUUCCCGAACAUCCGUUACAACCGAUCCUCACGGAGUUUCCGAUUAAAUCGGUCCACUGCUCCCUGGACACCUCUUUUCUGCUCGAUUCCGAAGGGACUGUCUGGAGCUUCGGGCUGAAUGAGGACGGGCAGUGCGCGAACGGCCGGUACGGAAUCGAAUGGACGCCGCAAAAAGUUGGCGGAGACUUGGAGGGAGUGAGAGUGAAAGAAGUGUCCGGAAGCACGGACACUCUGCUCGCGGUUUCCGAGCAAGGAGAACUGUUCGUUUGGGGACAGACCGAGUACGGACAGGCCUGCGGAGCAUCCGAUCUCAUUCAGGUACACUCACAGUUUACGAAUUUCAAUGCUCCUUUUCUAAAAAUUCACAUUUUGCGCCGAAAAAUAUUUUUUGUUGUAAAUAUCGUUGGCAAUUCUAUUUGUGCUCUCUUCGUACUUCUGAUUAUUGAAUAGAAGCGUUUGCUUUUUGGAAAACCCUUUUUUUUUAGACUUUUGGUUCAAUUUUCCACUAGGCCCAAGCCAAAACUAGUAAUCGUGCAAAGACCGAGUCCGGUCGGAUAAUAACUGAAACCCUUAAAAUUGCAGCUCAACACGGCGCGUUCGCUCUCGAUCUCCUCGUCAAUCGGUCCGAUUUCCUCAGCGGCCACCACCCAAUCCUCUGUGAUCGUCGGAAAUGUCCGGGGCGAAGUGUACGUGUGGGGCGUCGGAGUGCUCGGAAUGGGUCCCGAUGUGGAUCGGCUCAAAGCGCCCACCCUCAUGGAUCAGCCUCUGUUCGACGGAAAAAAGGUACAAAGUUUGAGUGAAUUUGUUGGAGAAAAAGCUACUUUUUUCUCAGUAAAACACUCAAAAUAUCAUGGAAUUUUCGCACUUUUUCAGGUCGUUUCGGUGUUCGCCGGAAACAGCUGCAUGUCGGCGCUCAACUGCUCGGAGCGUCUGUUCGUUUGGGGCGAGAAUCGGUUCUCGAGUCUCGGCCUCGGCCAUUCAAAACGCCAGCUCUUCCCCUAUCAACUCUUCUUGCCCGGAGACGUCAAAACCGCCGCCCUUGGCCCCGAUCAUUCGCUUUUUCUCGUCUAA